AUGGUGCACUGGACCCUAUGCAUGGUCCUGCUGCUGGCGGGACUGCCAGGGGCAGAGCCCCAGCCCACCUAUCAGAAUUUCCAGCGGCAGCAUGUGGACCACCCCCAUCAAUUCUACUGCAACAUUCUGAUUGCACAAUGCAAUAUGACAGCCCAGGGGCAGCCUUGCAGGACACUGACACCAGUGCACGCUCUGGCCAUGAAAAUG